AUUUUUUCUUCAUAAUUCAUUUGUUCUGACAGAAAUGCUCUAAAAAAACUUCAUUUAUACAUUUCUUUUUCAUUUAUACAUUAUUUCUUUAUACAUUUUUCUCAGCGCAAGAAGUUUCAAAUUCAUGUUGCUAGAUUUUUUCAUUUUUCCUUGGUAAUACUUAGUUGAUCAUUAUGGUCAGUUAGUUGAUGGAGUCAUUUAACUCGAUGAAUGAGGAAUUUAACAACUGUCAUUAACUGAAUUUGUCUUGGACGAUGAAUUUAUAUUUUGCAUGCUGUUGUGAUAUUGUCGAGAAAUGCAUUGCACUGGUCAACCAUUGUCGUCGAGGAUAUUUUUACUGUUGUUGCUCAUUACAUGCAUUUAUUAUUAUUAUUAUAUAAUUACAUUCGUUGUACAUACUUUGUUAUAAAGAUUCCAUUGCAUUUAUUUUCUUAUCUCUGCAAUUGGUUUUUUGUCGUCAUAUUUUAUUCAUUUUAUUUUCAUUUUAUUUAUUUGUUCAUUUUUUGCCUUAUAACUGGUGCGUGAUCCAUUUGACUUUUUUUUUCUAAAGUUUUGAUUCAGUGAUUGAAGUGAUUUUAUGAAAAUCUGUAUGAUAAAAUGCUACCAAAUGUAGUUAGCUUUGUCAAUGAAGAUUAUGUAUAAUGGAAAGAUUGUGAUAACGCUUCAGAUAGCUUCUUUUUUCCAGGAUGGAGGACCAGGUUCGAAGUGAAUCAAUGGAUUACAAUUGGUUUAGUAUGACGAUUAGAAUUUGGGCUGCUUUCGUAGUGGUAUUUAUCUCGAUACUCGCAUAUAUCCUAAAUAGAAAAAUUACGCGUGGAAAUACAGUUCUUAUCGUAGGGUUAUCCGACUCGGGGAAAACUAUGCUAUUUUCGAAGCUAAUCAAUCCAAAAUACAGUCCAAAAACUUACACAUCUUUAAAAGAAAAUCGUUGUGAAGACGUUUCAAUAACGAAUGAUACAUUGGUUACAUUGAUUGACUUUCCUGGAUCUGAAAGGCUUCGAAAGCAGCUUUUUGGGAAUUACCUGCAAAAGAAUCGAGGUAGCUUGAAAGGUAUUAUCUUCGUUCUCGACAGUUCAACGUUUAGCAAGAAAUCCCGCGACGUUGCAGCAUUCCUCUAUGAUGUCCUACAUGAGUCAGAAAAGAAAAUUCCGAUACUUGUGGCAUGCAACAAGCAGAACUGCCCACUGGCUAAAAGUUCACAGGCCGUACGAACGGCGUUGGAACGGGAAUUUGGCUACAUCAAUGGAUCACGUGAAGCAGCUUUAGAUUCCACUGAUGGGACAGCAAGUAAGAGAGCCUUAACUAGUACAGGCAAAAAUUUCCGGUGGGAUGAUUUACCAACCCCACGCUUGGAUUUCAUUGAGUGUUUUGUAAAGGAAACGAACGAAAAUGGUAAUGACAAACAGUGUGAGAUUGGAGCAAUACAGACGUGGAUUGCUGCUCUGUGA